UCUAUUUUCCAUUGUUAUACAAAAGACGCAUCGCUCUGUGCACACCGAGGACAAGCCCCUCUCUCCAGACAGGAGCGGUCCUGUCACUCCCAACAUAUCUACGGAUUCUGCCUGAAGAUGUGAGAACAAAGUUGUGCCCAUUACAACUUCACUGAAAGACAUGGAAUCUCUUGUUGGUUUCAGUGUCUCCCUACUUGUGUAUAGUGUUGUGGUGGUCUCUGCUCUUCCACUACUUGACACAGGGGUAGCACCCACAUUUACAUUACCACAACAAAUUUCUGGACGUCAAAAUGGAGUGCCCAAAGGGAGGUCUGUCUCAGAAUCUAAGGAGAUUGAGGGAAAUAUGCAAAAUAAAGAAACACAUUUCCCAUAUACUGCUGCUAUUGUUGUUGCUCCUGUACACAUGAUCACUGAAAUGAAGAAUGGGGGAAGGAAGCAUGGUGCUGGAAACGAGAAGAUGUCUCACAGUGUGGGGUCUCAGAUGGAAGGACUCCAGACUGACAGUCCUGGAAGCUCUGUGAAAGUAAAGGGCAAUAACCACAGAAGGGCACACAGACCCACUAAUGACCCAGCAUCACUUCACCUAGAGAAGCCAAGAGUGCCAGUCAGCCCUCACAGUAAUGUAAGGGCAAUGCCUUCAGUUAUGACUUCAGUUAAUCAGACUCUCAAACUCAAGCACAAAGUCUUAGGCUCUGUUGAUCUGAAGACCUCUGCUGAGAGAACUCGACCUCAUAAAGCUGGAAGUCUAAAUCACUUGGCACUUCAAAAAGAAGAAGAUGGAGACAUGUCUAAUGAGGAUGGAGAGACUGAGAGGCUGCAAAAUCCAUCCAUGAUCACUAGAUUAAAGCAUACAACUCCAGCAGUUGGUUCAAAAACUUUCAGAGGCCCUGAAGAUGUCCUAGAAUUACAUUCAGAGGGUGUUAAGUCCGGUAAAAGGCGAAGAGCCAGUGUCAUUGCUGGGGAUGCCAUGGAGAAAGCCACUUUGAUAUAUGCCACUAAGGAACCCAAGAUGAUAAGUGAAGCAGUCAGUUCAGGGGAGCAGAAAAGUAGCCCUUUUGUAGGGGCAACAGAAGUGAAGCCAACUUCAACAAUAAUUGAUUCCAGUCAGACAAUCAUAAAGGCGUCAGAAGGUCCGAUCACCUACCCAGAGAGAAGCCAGACAGAUGUAGUGCAGAACCCUUCAAGAAGAAAAUCUGUAAUGAAGGAGAAAAGCAGAGAUGUUUUUGUAAACCUUGACAGUCUUGACAGAACCAAGAUUGCCUUGCCAGAGACUGAAGUGGGAACGUCCAGAGAGACACAGAAUGAGAGAAAGAAAUGGUCAUCGAAGGACGCCAUGGGAAUGAAUUCAAGGAAUACCAGCAAGACAGACAACUCACUCAACAGACCUCAGGUGUCAAGCAGAACAGAAAAUAAAGAGGCUAUAGUCCUGUCCAAGGAAAUGCCAGAAGACAGAAAGGAAGUCCAGACUACCAUCACAAGCCCGAGCUUUCUGACACGAAAAAGUUUGUUAUUGACUACAACAGUCAACGAGCCUACAGUCUCUUUCACUCAAAUGAAAACAAUCGGCCCUAAGCUUGAAGAGAACAUGCAAGCAAAAACACCUUCAGACGACUUUAAUGACUUGAAAAGUGAGACCAUCCAUCCUACCUCCCAUCUAGUUGGCCCAGACAUCCCAGAAGGCAUGACACUAUCCUCUCAGAGCCCAUGGAUACAAACAAAUGGGUCUUCUUAUACACCAGUGUCAGAAUCCACCAGUUCAGCAAAGAGUGCCCAUUCGAAACUGCUGCCAACCACAAGUCAAGGACUGAAAAGUAAAACUGAAAAGGAUAACACUUCACACAGCAAAAUCGUGGCGCCCUCUUCAGAGGAUGUGCAGGUAUCACUGCCAGCAUUUAAUGUAACCCAACUCCCUGGAGUUCAGCAUCUGACCACAUCCUUCACUGAAAGACCUAUGCCCUCACAACUGGACUUAAUUACACCCAUAACGACAGCCUUGCAUCUAUCGGAUACCAGCAAUCCACCUAAUGUAACAAGAUCCUUUAUGCAAACGGACAGAAACACUCAUCCACCAAAAACCUCUGAACCAAAUUUUAGUGAACUUCCAAUCAAUUUACCUUCUCCAGAAACACCAGGACCCUUGGAUCUGGAUCUUAGUUCACACCCUUUUGAAGUUAUGGAGCCAUCAGAUUUGGAUCUUCAAGCAUUCUCCUCUGAAACACAAGACAUAGAAGACCUGGAUCUCAGAACACUGCCAUUUGAAACUCCUGAGUUAACAGAUCUAGAUAUGAGUACUCCUCCUUCUGAAAUUCCAGGGAUGUCAGACCUUGACCUAGCUGUAUCUGAAGUCCCAGAGCUGUAUGAUUCUGACCGCGCAGUGCAUUCCUCUGAUGCACUAGAGAUAUCUGAUCUAGACUUCAGUACUCCAUCUUCUUAUAUAACUGAUAUCCCAAAACUAGACCUCAGCACAACAGCCUCUGACAUGGUGGAGGAGCUCAGCAUCCUCCCCUCAGAUACACCAGAGGUCUCCAGUGUUGACCCUGGCUUACUACUUUCUGAUAUACCCGAAGACCCUAAUGAAGACUCCAGUGUGUCCCAUUCUGAUAAUACACAGUUCUCUGAUAUGGAUCUUGGCACAGCUUCUCCUGAUACAUCAGAGUCAUCGUAUGUGGAUCAAAGGGCACCAUCUUCAGAAACAAUGGAGGCAUCUGUGCUGAACCUUAGCACACCAUCCCCUGAAACAUCAGAAACCACCCCUAAGGGGAACCUGUCUUUAUCUCCUUCCAAAAUCUCAUCUCCAGGUCAGGAGGAAGAUGCAGAUUUUCAGCCAUCAGUCAGAUCCCCCUCUCCUUCUUCUUUACCACCAUCUAGUGUAACAACAUUCUUUUCAAAGAACCCUGAAAAAUCCUAUGAAACAUCCAUGCUGCCAACUGUGUCUGUACUGGUAGCAGACACCGUUCCAGUAUCUAUACAACCAAGGCUGUCCUGGAUAUCCACCACUCAUUCUGAAACAGGAGACACCCAAACAUCUAACAAAACUGCUUCUGUCAGCAUGCAGACUCACUCCACUGUGACUUCUAGCAGCAGGCAUUCAGGAAGCCUGGUUAGCAGGCUGCGGCCCCCUCCUGAAACUGGACUGGAGGACCUGGAGAAACUGGAGUCUGAAGAGGAGCAUGACAGUGAGGAAAGAGAUGAAGAGGAAGAAGAGGAAGAGGCAGAAGACACACCUGAAUCUGAUGAAGAUGAGAGUCAGGAGGAUGACUUGGAGAUGUUUGCUGUGACCCUUGUCACAGCUUCCCCGAGCCAAACUCCAUAUCAUCUUCCUGCUGGGAAUGACUGGGCACAGCGCAACCAGGGUCUCGUGCAAAGCUGGGUGGAGAAAAUACGAGACAAGGCAGGCUAUGUGUCGAGCAUGCUGGCUCCUGUUGGCAUUGGCAUUGCCGGGGCACUCUUCAUCCUUGGAGCCCUUUACAGCAUCAAGGUGAUUCACCGCAAGAGGAAGAGCAGCUUCAAGAGACAGCGUCGAAAGCACAGGGAAAUGAGCACCAGACAGGACAGAGUGAUGCUACUGGCUGACAGUUCGGAAGAUGAGUUCUAAUUCUGUCAGCAUCCCCACUUCUCUAGCAAUAAAUCCUUCCAACAUCUUUUGGAGCUUUCGGCACCUUCACUGCAUCUGGAGCUCAACCGUGUGUCUUACAUUACCUCAGAUAUUGCUCCAUCCAUUUGGACCAGCCUUUGUGGGGAUUGGGUUUGGGAUGGGGAUUGGAGAAGAGGAGUGGGUGAAAAAAAAAGAACAAGACUAGGAUCUGCAAAAUGAGCCCAACAAAAAUAAGAUGAGGAUGUCUUAAAUAAGAGACAGUGAAUAGAUAAGAAACUCAAAGAGGCUGAUCAUUCCAUCCAACUAAGUUUAGAGAUUCAUCACUCAGCUGCUUUGGUAGAGGUUGAAGAUGGAGUUCACAUGAAGUUCAGUUUCUGUCAAAGGCUUACCAGGGACUGCCUAAAACUGCUAAGUGAAUCACCUUGAAAGAUCAGUCUAUAUUAAGUCAUGACAUGAUGUGCCACCAUUAUUUAAUAAACUCUAGUAUUCAGUGUUUGAUGAAAGUAAUUUGAAGUAGGACACUGAUUCACACAAGACACAGACAUGGACACAAAUUAGUACAGGCAGACAAUUUCUGGAUAUUGACGACAACGGAAAGAUUCAUCAUGGAAGAGGCAAACAGUGAAACCUUCUUCAUUCACAAGGACAUCAUAGCAACGUCUGAGAAAUCUGAUGUCCUGGUUUUAGUAGACAAUGAAUAGGAUCAUAAAGAAAAGUCUUGAUCAUUAAACACAGAGAAACAAAAUGAAGGCUUGACCAACAUCUGUUAUGCAAGCUAAUUUACAACCUCUGAAAUACCGCAGGUUCUGGAAUUGGACAAGUGACUUCUUUAUUUUUUAAGGCAACGUCAUUUCAAGAACUAGAGAGACACUGCUGUCUGCUGGCUUCAAAUCAAAGAUCUCUUAGUUUCAGAAGAUAAACCUACAACAGAAAAAUCUUCAGGCUAACAUACUGGAUUGUAAAAAAAAAUGACCUAUUCUGGUAGAGACGUCCAUUGUCUUCAGGUGAAUGCCUUAUCCAGUGUUCUUCCAAAUGAGCAACUGCAGCAGACAUCAUUAAGGGCUCGGCCUCUUUGGCUGGGGUGUUUCCUGAUUCCAAGGUAGCCAACUAGUUUAUGGCUUUUCAAAAGCCCAUCCUGUUUUAUUUGAAGAGUUGUACCAUUGUAAUAAUAACCUUGGCUUGAUUUCUCAGGGUAAUGAUCCCACAGUUUUCAUGCAGCCCACUUUUGUCAAAUAUUAAGCUGCAAGCAUGUUUGGCAAGUCCAGUUUCAUCACAUCCUUCCUUGGUGUUGUGGCCACUUUGAUAUCCUUCAGAUCCUCACUGCUCUGCUCUGCAUUCCAGGCUGAUGGAGUGUUUCUACUCUUUCACCUGUUCAUUUUUGUUAUUGUCCAUCCAUAUUUAAACCGUCUCUACAGCGUUUACAUCUCAGUAUGACUAUAUGUUGCUGUUAGGAUGUUCUGGCUUAACACACAAAUGUUCUGUUAGAGAGACAGAUAAGAGUCUACUUUAAGAAAACCAAGGCAUGUCCAAGUUCCAACUCCAGUUUCUUUCAGGUCUAUAAAUGCCCUGCAAAGUCGACCUUGUCAAGGCAGACACAGGGACCCACGCAGAGUGGCUCUUGACGUUUUGGCUCAAAGAGCAGCAAUCCAUUCUCCUUGAAUAGUUUCCAGAAGGGAUAAAUGUCUUGACUAACCACAUCAUUAAUAGCAGGCAGCACUCCAUGGUUAGAAUGGUCAGUGAACUGUCAAAAUCUGUAGUGGUCUCCUAGUUUCUUAACCUCCGUGCUUAAUGUAAAUAAAUAUGCUGAAGUUGUAGUGAUGAUUAUAAUGAAAACACUUUCUUGUUUUGGCUAGUUUUAAUAUUCCAGUUUUUAUUAUCCAUUUUAUCAAUAAUGCAUUUUGCUUGUGUGCUUCAGAAUUUUCUAAUAAAAGUCAUAAACCCCAGACUUAUUAUUCACCCCUGUCAACAGGCAGAGUGAUUUGCUUUGAGUUUUUUAGAUGCUAAGUCACUUAUUAUAUUGUCUUUCCAAUUAAUACUGUGCUUUAUUCUGUCUACUAUACUUGGGUAUCCAUUUCUGCCACUGCUAGGCUGGAUCAAGACCCUCCACAGGCUCCUAGGUGACUUAGCUCCUUACCAGAGCAUUGAUCAUAGAGUGCGGAAACCCAGUCAUUAAGUGCAGUGUGUUAUUUCUCACUCACUUCACCACUUGGUCGGGGUCUCCCUUGAUCAUAUCAGAUACUUGCUUGCUUAGUGGGAGGAAUAGGGGAAGUCUUUUGGUCUCAUAUGGUCAUUUCGGCUCAUAGGAUACUCUUAACAAUUCCUCAAGCUUGAGCGUUCUUAUUAAAAAGGCUCCGUACUGUCACAGGCCCCUGGGUGCACACCUUAAAUGCCAUGAUCGUAGAUCAACACCUGUGGUACAGGUAUCCCUUUUCUUGCUGCUCAGUUUCCCACCUCCUCAUUUUUGCUUCAGCAUGGUAAGUGUUUAUCGAGGAAUGGCAUUAGAGCAGAUGACAUACACUUCGUUACCCUCCCAUGGUCCAAACUGAUGCUGUUAGGGUAACAGACGAUUGAUUGAGAGUUAGUACGUAUACUGUAUGUGUGCAUCAUGUCACGGCCUGGUGUCCUUUUUGCUGCUGGUUGCCGCUUUGCACUUGCAGGGGUUGGAAUAAGUUUUGCUUCCCUACAACUUUUUAUUAAAUAACUAGAUUAAAAAAGCGGAUAGAUUAAUAGGAAUGGUUAAUUGUUGCUAAAGGAGAUAGAUCUUAUUAACACAGAAACAAAGUACUCUAUUCAUAAUGUGCCUCCAGUUUUGAAAAUGUCCUCAUUUUUGGAGUGCCACAGCUUUUCCUUCAUGGCCUCGGGCUAUAAACUAAGGCCUACUCUGCAUGCAUGGCUGUGCCCCGCAGGAUGCCCCUCAUUUCCUGAGCUGUGGGUCAAUGCUUGUUGGCCUCCAUAGUCCUUAAACACUAAACCCAAAGAAAAACCAGUGGGUGUGGUGACUCACCAGGACGGAUGUUGUGUGCUGCCAGUUUAGCAGUCGGGUGCCAUUAGAGAAGCCCAAGCUUCUACUUGAGUUCAGUGUCCCCUGCCCCUGCACAGCUUGCUUGACAUAGUGGAAGUUUCUGUUCAAUUUGGAUUAGUUAUUUUUUUAUGAGAAAACCACAACAAAAUAACUUGGCUCUCUUUUACAUUCUGUAAGAGGAAUACAAUCUCUAACUGGUUUGAGAAAAUGUGUAAAACUGACUUGUUUUCAUUUGAUUGUGUGCACUCGCUCUGGUCCCAAUAUAUACUGAAAUAAAUGAUAACAUGUUAA